UCAAUAGGCAGGGCUCUUUGGAGGAUCCCUCUUACUCCUGGAACUGCAUGUUGUGUUUGGAUUCCUGAGACUCAGACCUCCUCCAGCAGCAUGCUCACAGACCCUGAGUUACCCCCGGAGUUCACCAGGAUGUCUUCCAAGCGACCAGCCUCUCCAUAUGGGGCAACAGAUGGAGAGGUAGUCAUGGUGACAAGCAGACAGAAAUUGGAAGAGGAGGAGAGUGACGGACACCCCGUCAUUCACUUCCCCCUGAGCUCCAGCAGCAGCAGGCCCUCCCCCCGCUCCCUGGACAGCCCCCCCAUGGAGCAUGAGGGCAGUAAGGGUGCUUCUCUGAGCCCCUACACCCAGCACAAUUCUACCUCACCCACGAAGAUGGAAGACGGUGGCCGCCCGGGAAGUGAGCCCGGCUCGGCCACAGCGCUGGGCACCCCGGAGCGGCGUAAAGGGAGCCUGGCCGACGUGGUGGACACGCUGAAGCAGCGCAAGAUGGAGGAGCUUAUCAAGAACGAACCAGAGGAAGCCCCCAGCAUUGAGAAGCUGCUGUCCAAGGACUGGAAGGACAAGCUGUUGGCCAUGGGAUCAGGGAGCUUUGGCGAAAUCAAAGGAACUCCAGACAGCCUGGCGGACAAGGAGCGCCAGCUGAUGGGCAUGAUCACACAGCUGACCAGCCUGAGGGAGCAGCUCCUGGCCGCCCACGAGGAGCAGAAGAAGCUGGCCGCCUCGCAGAUGGAGAAGCAGCGACAGCAGAUGGAGCUGGCCAAGCAGCAGCAGGAGCAGAUUGCUCGCCAACAGCAGCAACUCCUCCAGCAGCAACACAAAAUCAACCUUCUGCAGCAGCAGAUCCAGCAGGUCCAGGGUCAGUUGCCUCCCCUGAUGAUCCCUGUGUUUCCUCCAGACCAGAGGACUCUGGCUGCAGCUGCAGCCCAGCAGGGUUUCCUCCUGCCUCCAGGAUUCAACUACAAACCGGGCUGCAGUGACCCUUACCCUCUGCAGCUGAUGCCCACCACCAUGGCAGCUGCUGCUGCAGCUACACCUGGGCUUGGUCCCCUGCAGCUCCAGCAGUUUUAUGCAGCCCAGCUGGCGGCCAUGCAGGUGUCCCCAGGGGCCAACCUAGCUGGCACACACUCGCCCUCUAGUGGCCCCACGGAGAAGUGCAGAGGCACCCCGCCACCAAAACCCAAGGACGAGGGCGCUCAGCCCCUGAACCUGUCGUCCAAGCCUAAGACAGCCGAGAGCAAGUCACCCACCUCCCCCACUUCCCCACAGGUCUCUGCACAGAAGCUGGGCCCCGGGUCCCUGAAGCACAGCGCCCCCACCAGCAUUGGAAGCCCGCCCGCUCGACUCAGCUCCAUAGACCUCCUCUCCUCUAUCACAUCCGGCGGGUUCUUGAACGACCACGAGGCGGUGACCAAGGCCUUCCAGGAGGCUCGGCAAAUGAAGGAGCAGCUGAAGAGGGAGCAGCAGGUGCUUGACGCCAAGGUGGCGGCGGUCAGCAGCCUGGCCCUCAACAACGGGCGCUCAGAGAAGGAAAAGACCUUGGAGAGUCUGACACAGCAGCUGAAGCAAUCAGAGGAGGGAAAGUUCAGCCACUCCCUGAUGGACUUCAACAUGAGCGGAGACUCAGAUGGCAGCCCCAGUGUGUCUGAUUCACGGAUGUUUCGGGAGGCGCGGGGCCGGGGGACCGGGGAACCACACAUAAAGCGCCCCAUGAAUGCCUUCAUGGUCUGGGCAAAGGAUGAGAGGAGGAAGAUUCUCCAGGCUUUCCCCGACAUGCAUAACUCCAACAUCAGCAAAAUCCUGGGGUCGCGCUGGAAGGCCAUGACUAACCUGGAGAAGCAGCCGUACUACGAGGAGCAGGCCCGCCUCAGCAAGCAGCACCUGGAGAAGUACCCCGACUACAAGUACAAGCCCCGCCCCAAGCGCACCUGCCUGGUGGAUGGCAAGAAGCUGCGCAUCGGCGAGUAUAAGGCCAUCAUGCGCAACCGCCGGCAGGAGAUGCGCCAGUACUUCAGCGUGGGGCAGCAGAGCCAGCUGCCCCUGGCAUCAGCGGUGUACCCAGGGGCUCUCUCCCUGGCCGGGAUGCCCUCCCCACAGGUGCCCUCCGACCACUCCAGCAUGUCCAGCAGCCCCGAGCCGACCACGCCCGUCAUCCAGAGCACGUACCUGAGCGGCCCCAAGGGCGAGCAGCCUCGCGUCAAAGAGGAGGACCUGCGUCUGGACGACAGCAACGGCGACGCGUACGAGGACUUUGAGUACGACGACGAGGACGCCGACUACGGCAGCGACAGCGAGACCAACAUCCUCACGCAGGCCCACUGA